AUGAUGUUCAAGUCGCUCCUCGCUUUUGCCCUUGUGGCGGUCAGCAUGACUGCUGUGCGUGCGGGUGAUGUCGAGAUCACCGUCGAGACGCACGACAACACCACGGGCGAGAAGCCCAAGAAUGCUUCAAUUGCCUGCCGCAUCGAGUCGCGCAGCUGUAAGAGUGUUUCGCACUACACGGACCUCGAGUACGCGCACAACAUGCAGGUGUCGCAGUGCUACGAGCCUCACACGCUCAAGAACUGGUACAACCGUCUGACCCCCUUCGGCCACCGCGGCAUGUUUGUCGACACGGUCUACGUCUCGUGCCCCGUUCCGGCGAUCUGCAAGGAUCAGAAGGACAACAAGGCGUGCGACUUCUACACCAACUUCCACAAUGUCGAGCCCAAGGACGUUCGUCAGCUGCUCGAGGACCGCAUCAACGAGGAGACCGACUGCGACCCGCGCAUCGAGUGCUACAGGAUCGAGGACGUCGAUGACCAGUGCUUCCCCAAGAAGAAGGACGAAUAA